GUUGCUGCUGUCGUUGGUUCUUCACUCGCUCCUGUUACAUAUCUCCCUCUCCACAAGUGCAGACUACCAGCAGUUGUCAACCUCUCCUCGUCUCAGACGCUGCUUUCCUCGGGACAUCCUGCCACUAACAGCUUUCUCACAAACACCAUCUCUUGUACAGUACUACAUUUGGUCCACUCCUGGCUACUUCUGUAUCUCCUCAUCACCUCCCAGAACUCCUUUGGUGGAUACAAUGCUGCGAUUCUUCGUAUUUCUCCUGUGGGUGUCUCCUUGUGUCCUGACGAAGGCGACAGGAAGAUGCCAAGGCGAAGUCUGCGAUGUAAAAACCUGGCACAAUGUAAGCUGCAGGACAGACGACGACUGCAAUCAGACCCACGCCGUGUGCGAUCAACACCUGUGUCGGUGUGAAGCUGGCUACUUCUACACCACACCUUACGAUAUUUGCUCUGGCACUUGCAGCACAGGCGAGUUGCAGGACAGCUUUACAGAGUAUCCUGACAGCGCUCUACGACGACACUACCUUGAUCGCCAGGAUGGACUCAGUCUGGAAGACUGCAAGGGCAGGUGCCUGACUGACACGCGUUGCCUCACCUUCGAUUUCAGAGUCAUUGAAGGUCAGUGUCGGCUUCAUGCUGUUACCUCUCGUGGGUCUCCCUCACACUGGUAUCCUAAGACGAGUACAGGCUGGACCCACUACCAGAGAACCUGCAACUCCACUUUGGCCACACACCAUACCUGGUACAACUCACUGUGUAACACAAAAGUGGAUUGUCCAGACCCAAACAGCGAUUGCUUGUCACACAGAUGUCUCUGUCGUUCAGGGUUCAAGUUCAUAGAAACCGAGAAGGAGUGUGUUGUUGCAAGCGUGUGGCACAAUGUAAGCUGCAGGACAGACGACGACUGCAACCAGACCCACGCCGUGUGCUAUCAACACCUGUGUCGGUGUGAAGCUGGCUACUUCUACACCACACCUUACGAUAUUUGCUCUGGCACUUGCAGCACAGGCGAGUUGCAGGACAGCUUUACAGAGUAUCCUGACAGCGCUCUACGACGACACUACCUUGAUCGCCGGGAUGGACUCAGUCUGGAAGACUGCAAGGGCAGGUGCCAGGAUGACAAGCGUUGCCUCACCUUCGAUUUCAGAGUCAUUGAAGGUCAGUGUCGGCUUCAUAAUGUCACCUCGUAUGAGUCUCCCUCAUACUGGUAUCCUAAGACGAGUACAGGCUGGACCCACUACCAGAGAACCUGCAAGUCCACUCUUGGCUCACCCGAUGACUGGUACAACUCACUGUGUAACACCAUAGUUGACUGUCGAGACACAAACAGCGAUUGCUUGUCACACAGAUGUCUGUGUCGUUCAGGCUUCAAGUUCAAUGAAACCGAGAAGAAGUGUGUUGUUACAAGCGUGUGGCACAAUGUAAGCUGCAGGACAGACGACGACUGCAACCAGACCCACGCCGUGUGCUAUCAACACCUGUGUCGGUGUGAAGCUGGGUUUUUCUACACAACACCUUACGAUAUUUGCUCUGGCACUUGCAGCACAGGCGAGUUGCAGGACAGCUUUACAGAGUAUCCUGACAGCGCUCUACGACGACACUACCUUGAUCGCCGGGAUGGACUCAGUCUGGAAGACUGCAAGGGCAGGUGCCAGACUAACAAGCGUUGCCUCACCUUCGAUUUCAGAGUCAUUGAAGAUCAGUGUCGGCUUCAUAAUGUCACCUCGUAUGAGUCUCCCUCCGACUGGUAUCCUAAGACGAGUAAAGGCUGGACCCACUACCAGAGAACCUGUAAGUCCACUCUUGGCUCACCCGAUGACUGGUACAACUCACUGUGUAACACAAAAGAGGACUGUCGAGACCCAAACAGCGAUUGCUUGUCACACAGAUGUCUCUGUCGUUCAGGCUUCAAGUUCAUAGAAACCGAGAAGGAGUGUGUUGUUGCAAGGUCUUGUCUGGACUGGCAGGACAAAGGAGCAAAGAGUGGUGUCUACACCAUUCAGCUAAUAGCCAGCAGCAAACCUCGGUCAGUGUGGUGUGAUAUGGACACUGCGGGCGGCGGCUGGACGGUCAUCCACAGACGUCGCGACUUCUCAGUUGACUUCAACCGGAACUGGACAGAAUAUGUAAACGGUUUUGGUGACAUCUCUGGAGAUUACUGGCUGGGCCUGUCCGCGAUUCACGAACAGAUCAGAUAUAAAUCAUGGAGCUUGAGGGUGGACAUCGUAGAUGGGAGUGGAGAACGUCGCUACGCUCAGUACGGCUGGUUCCGUCUGGACGGUCCUGAGUAUAACUACAAACUUUCGUGGUACUGGUACUGGGGGGACGCAGGAGAUGACCUGACACCUAGUUACGAUAAAGAGUUUUCAACCUAUGACCGAGACCCGACCGGCUGUGUCAGGGCACGUCACAGCGCCUGGUGGUACCCGGAUGACUGUGGCAGAACUUACCUCAACAGCCCUAGUGCAAGCGGCAAUGUUUGGGGUGACUACAGCAACCUGCAGUUCUCGGAGAUGAAGCUGAGGCCAUACGAGUCAACACUUGGGCUUACACCGGCCCCCUGAUGUUCUCAACGAUGAAGGUGAAGCCAGACUAACAUCAUCUUGUCUCGUGUACCCACUGCUUAUACCGCCAGUCCACUGUUCACUGUUCACUACAGGUUCCACUGAUGAUGUGAGCUCAGUGUACAUUAAUCUUUCGCAAUAGUCUAGCAUCUGACCCUAGUGCAGACUACUGUACUUUAAUUGUUUACUUUGAGUAUAUUGCCUGGUGAUUCUAGUAUACACGUGUUGUAUUAUUUCUUGCAGAUUUGGGUGUGCUUGGAUAAACUAACAUGUUUACAAACGUAAAGUCUAAGUUUAAUUAAUUCAUUCAGCAUUUAAUUGUGCAAUGAGCUGUCGCUAUAACCUAAUACUUUAAAGUAAACAAUAUUACCUAUACACCUAAUAGUUUAUAGUAAACGUGUCAUGAACUAUAUAUUAGCUAUACACCUAAUAGUUUAUAGUAAACGUGUCAUGAACUAUA